CACAUUUUUUUUUCAUUUUUCAAAAAAAAAAAAAAAACAUGCCAAACGAUAUUGAAGAAGGUGAAAUUAACCUUGAUGCUGCUUAUAGAAAACAGCAGCGCCACGAUGAUCCCUUUGAAGAAUAUGAACGACUCUCUCGUAAAAAGACGCUUCAUCGAUCCUCCAACAACCAUAAUUCCCAUAAUCGUAGAUCUUCCCCCACUGGAAGAUAUUCUCGUGAUUAUGAAAGUAAUGGUAGUAGUUAUAAUAAUAAAAGAGAUGUUAACACUAGACGCUCUAGAUCACCACCUACUAGAUUCCGUGACGAAAAAUCCCAUAGAUAUUCUACUACCAUGACCGACAGUUCACCCGUCUCAAGACCUCAUUAUUCUACUUCUACUUCGACUAGCCACAAGGACGUAACCCCAGCACCAAAAGCCGCCGUCGCUGCUGCCGAAGCCGUGAUGGACAUGGACAUUGAAGACGAAGAAGAAAAGAAAAAGAAAGAAGACGCUCUAAUUGAAGAGCGUCGCAAGAAGAGACAAGCGAUUCUUGACCGAUACAAGCAAGUGUCGUCCACUCCUGCGCCAACAGCUGCUGCUGCUGAAGCAGAAGUGAAAGUAGCUGUUGUUGCCUCUCCCUCCUCCUGUCCUACCACUGCUGGGAUGGAGAAGGAAGAAACGGAUAUAGUAGUAAUGGAAAAAGAAAAUAAGCUUGUAAAUACCCGUGACUCACCUAAUAAUGUCUCUGCAGCAGAUUAUGAUCCUUCGGUGGAUGGCAUGCAAGAUCUUUUUCAUUCAGCGUCACAGACGGAUUUGUUAAAGACAAAAGAUCAACAAGAAAAGGUAACGGAGGGGACCUCGAGUCAAGUGGAUAUGCUUGCUUCUGAUUAUACCGAAAAGUUGGAACAACCACUACCAUCACCAACAGCACCAGCAGAGGCCGCAGCAGCACCAGCAGAGGCAGUGAAGACGACGACGACAGAAAUUGACAUGUUUUCAGAUAAUUUAGACAUGUUUGCUGAUACGGAUAUCACGGCGGCAGGUCAACAUGCUUUAUUAACCAAUGCAUCCUCUUCGGCUGCUUCAAAUCCCAACUUGACCGACAAUUGGGACGAUCCCGAAGGCUACUACAGUACGCGUAUUGGCGAGGUGUUGGAUGGAAGAUACAAGGUGAUUUCAAAUUUGGGAAGAGGUGUAUUUAGUUCUGUCGUGAAAGCCAAAGACAUGGAGACAGAAGAAGAAGUGGCUAUCAAGUUAAUUCGUAGUAACGAAACCAUGUACAAGGCGGGUCAAAAGGAGCUUGCGUUUCUGAAGAAACUCAUGGACGCUGAUCCUGAGAAUAAAAAACAUGUGAUUCGUUUACGACGUCAUUUCGAGCAUCGAAACCAUUUAUGUCUGGUCUUCGAAACACUCAGCUUGAAUUUGCGUGAUGUGAUUAAAAAGUAUGGUAAAGAUGUGGGUAUUAGUAUCAAGGCGGUACGUGUGUACGCACAACAAUUGUUUCUCAGUUUAUCGCUUUUGAAGAAAUGUAAUAUACUUCAUGCGGAUAUCAAGCCUGAUAAUAUCUUGGUAUCCGAGUCGCGCAACACGCUGAAGUUAUGUGAUUUGGGGUCAGCCAGUGAUGCCAGUGAUAAUACGAUUACACCCUACCUUGUGUCGCGUUUCUAUCGAGCCCCAGAGAUCAUGCUGGGACUUUCAUACGAUUAUGCGAUUGAUGUGUGGUCUUCAGCGUGUACGUUGUAUGAACUGUUUACGGGUAAAAUCCUGUUUUCGGGACGUAGCAACAACCAGAUGUUGAAACAUAUCAUGGAGUUGAAGGGACGAUUUCCCAACAAGUUGUUGCGUAAGGCUCAAUUCACGACGCAUCAUUUCGAUGCGGAUUAUAAUUUCAUGUCUGCCGAAGUGGAUCGUAUUACGAAACAUGAGGUGGUCAAGAAGAUGGUCAUUACGAAACCCACGCGUGAUAUCAAGUCGCGUAUUCUGGCUGCUUCUACACCUGGUUUACCUGAGGAGGAAAAUCGGUUGGUCUUAGCCUUUAUUGAUUUUCUGGACAAGUGUUUAGCGCUUAGUCCUGAUAAAAGAUUGACUCCCAAGGAAGCUUUAGCUCAUCCUUUUAUUUGUAGAAAUAAGUUGUAAAGAAAAACA